AUGUGGAAAUAUAUUGUCAUCGUAUCCAUAUUUGGAGUGUGCCUUCUCAGGAAUCACCAGAUUUGCGGGCAAAUUUUCGGCUAUGAACCGAACGUGGAUUACCCGGCCUAUGAGCGGAUUCCCUCCGGAUUGACGUUCCGAUGUUCCGACAGGAUGCCCGGCUACUACGCGGAUGUGGAAACGCGCUGCCAAAUCUGGCACUGGUGCUUACCGAAUGGCUACAUGUUCUCUUUUCUGUGUCCCAACGGCACCGUAUUCAAUCAAGCCGUUCGAGUUUGCGACUGGUGGACCAACGUGAACUGCGGAGAUUCGGAAGGACUGUAUGACAACAACAAUGAGUUGUAUCGAGACAUCGAGGGGAAUCUGAUAGCUGGAUAG